AUGGCAUUGCCGCAUACUAGGGAUCUGAUUUCCGAGGCGCAGUAUGAUACAUUUGUUCAGAUUGAAGGACAAGAGCCAUCUGCGGGACCGCUCGUCCAAUCGACAAAGAUUUUCUUGGAAGAUGGUCUCAUCGGCAGCAUUCUGGAUGACUUUCCAGAUUUUUAUGUCAUCCGCAAACAUGGCAAUAUCACAGUCCAACCCAUCUACACAAGCAUUGAUGAACAAGAGAAAGAGGGUUGGUCUGAGCUCCAAGCCUUGUGGGACUCCACUCUCUAUGAAUGUGCGCCUUGAUUGCUGUCUUUCAACGCAGACAAUUUGGGUGCGGCCGAUGAGGAAGUUUUCGAUCCAUUUGAGAAGUUUGCCGUCGAGGACCAUUAUUCUCAACUUGUGCAGGAGAGGCUGGUGCGGAGCACUGUCGAACGCCUUCCGAAAAUCAAUAUAGGCCACGUGAACAGUGUGUUUAGCGUCCAGUGCUCUUGUCCAACUUUGCAUUGUAUAUAGUAAGUUCGUUACACAUGAUCUUCCCCUACGGAAACCAUAUUGUGCAUUGGGCCAGAGGUUGUGGCUUUCCACAUAAGCCAUCAACUGCUUUUUUACGGUUUUCUCCAUCACUUUGCUGCAGAUUGAUGUCAAACUGACGGGUCUGUAGUUCGUUGCAAGAGCACGACUACCGCUUUAGUAAAGGGGUGUAGUGUGGGCAGUUCUCCAGUCUCUGGGAAGGAUUCCAGCAUCAAACGAUUCCUGGCACAGAAAGGAUAGUGGUUUGGCCUGCGUGCAGUAUGGAAGCUAUUUGGUCGAGCAUAAAGGCGGCCAGGUCCACGUGUCACUGUCUUCUGACCACCGAGGACAGACCAAAUCGCCGACUCUCCUCACUUAGAGCAGUUUGAGAAAUUUUCCAGUCGCCCUAACAUCAUGACCAUGGGCGACUUCGGCGCGUCAGGGACUAACUUGAACACUGCUCAGGCGUCAAGUACAAAAUCGACAAUCGAAUACCGUUUACUGAAGAAAACAUUAAGGGCGCUCCCCACACAAUAUGCACUGCUUCCAACGAGAACACGUGAAGGACAAUGGGCCAACUGCCUGGAUCCGGUUUUUGCGAAAACAUCAGAGAGCCUAGGCGAGGUCAUCUCCCUGUCGCGCCUCGACCGAAGUGACCAAGUAGUGGUAAUAUGGAAUUAUUCGUUUUUCUCCACCUUGCACACUCCAGAAGAAAAAAGACGUGAUAUUUGGGGGGAGGGGGCGUCUUCAAUCAGAUAAGGACAGGCUUAUACGUAUUCCACUGGAGCUCGAUGUUCACGGGCAUUGCCAAGGAUGAUUCGUAGUUUUCCAGGAAUGUCUUUCUGCAGAUUAUCAACAAUCACUGUCCACUGACGAUUGUAAGACAGAACAAGCCGUCUGGGUGGCCAAAUAGCAACCAAAAGAAUGAAAUCAACAGUAAACACAAAAUGUGGAGAAAAUACUUCGUCAAUGGGCAAGUUAAGUGUUCCAACACCUACAAGACACAACGGAGCACACUGAGGAGCAUGAUCAUAAAAACGUGCCGCGAAUUCGAGAAGAAAUUGUUGCAAAAAGCAACACAUAACCCAUAAUUACUUUACAACUACUCCCGAAGACGUACAAGGAACAGUCAUCAAAUCCGUCUAAUAAGGACUACUAAUGGCGUUGAGAUUGCGGAUAGCAGGGAUAAAGCUGCACAUUUUUCGCAGUCUUUCCAAUCAGUCUACACAAACGAGGCAAGGUACCUUCAAGCCACAGAUGUACUGCUGACUCAAAACAUAAAUAAUAUAUUCUUCUCAGAAGAUAGUGUCCGAAGAGAAUUAGAGGCAUUGAACGAAUCGAAGUCUCCAGGACCAGAAAAGAUUCCAUCCAAGCUUCUCAAAGAACUUGCCAGUUAGCUUUCUGUGCCUUUGUCGAUGCUCUUUCAAAUGCCAUUUGACACAGGUACACUUUCUAUCGAUUGGAAGCUGACGCAUAUUACUCCGCUACACAAAGGAGGUAGCAGGGCAUCGACGACAAAUUAUAGGCCCAUAAGCUUGACAUACGUUCUCUGCAGAGUCAUGCAAAAGAUCAUGGAAAGCGAAUUGAUGCACUUUCUGGGAGUUCACAACUUGCUAUCGGACUGCCCACAUGGGUUCCGAAAGGAAUCAUUCUGCACGACAAGCUGUCUGCAAUCUCUCCAAGGCUGGAAUCGAGUUCUUCACGACAGGCACGCGAUCCAAAUAACUUUCAUUGACCUCCAGAAGGUGACUGAUACUGUGCCACACCAGAGACUGUUAGACGAGCUGAAAAAAGGAUUAGAAGCUACCUCCUCAGAUGGAUUGGAAACAGCCUUGUGGGUCGACAGCAGGCUGUGCGUAUCGGUCAAGGGAAAUCACAUCCUCCUGUGACCGAGUGUGGUGUUCCCCAAGGUUCGGUACUGCGACCCAUUUUGUUUCCACUACACAUGGACGAUUACGCACGAGCAUAGGACUGCAAAGAAACAAUGUUUGCCGACGAUAUGAAGACAUGGGGUGUACUUCGGGACUCUGUCAACAAAGACAGACUGCAAAUGAGACUAAGUCGGUUGGGAGAGUAUUCUAACCGUUGGCUCCUGUGGUUAAACGUUGGUAGAUGCAGCAUACUUCACCUAGCAAGCACAGUCAUGUCCACCGGCACAAAAACCACUUUCUGGGCGGUGCAGCCCUACAAGAAUUCGAAACUCAAAUGACCUCGGUGUGCUGACAACGAACUCUGUAAAACCAUCCGCUCAUUGCUCGAGAGUGGCAAAAAACACACUGUCCGCAAUGCACACCAUCAGGCGGACACUUCUGGAUUUUGACGAAGACGUAUUCUCACUGAUUUUCGGAAAAUCUGUGUGGCCGCACUUAGAAUACGGCAUACAAGCCCGGACAGCACGGGCGGUUCAAGUUCAAAACGGCCCUAAAAUAGAUCACAAGAGUGCCAAAAAAUGGUUGGGGAUCAGAGCUCCAUUCCUUAUGAAACACGCCUAAUAAAUCCGAGCAUCUUCCUUUUGAGUUAUGGGCAAUUUUGCGGGGAUCACUUGCAAGAAUUCCUCCUAGUGAAGGGUAUACAUGGCAACUUUGCAUCGGAGUACUUUUUUGACUCCGCGUCAACGACCAGUCUCUGAGGUCACACGCUAAAUCUGCGCACUCAGCGGGCAGGGCUGGAUGUGCCGAAGUUCUCGUUGUCUGUCCGACUCUUUUAACCAUUUAAUGCCUUCCCUGCAAAUGUAGUGAUGCAACCCUCGACAUAAGGCUUUAAAAGAACUUGGUCAUAUUUUUGCUCCGAAAUGACCAACAGCGAUAAAAGAUCGAGCUCAUCCCCUGAGACUCACUCCCAUUUAGUCAAACAAUUAUGGACUCUUUUAAUUUUUUUCGGUCAAGAUGAUUGUUCUGUACAUUGCUUCCUACUUUACACCGAAAAUCGAGUACUUAAAGGUUCACGCCUACCUGCCUCAACAACCUAAACUGACCUGUACUGACCCUAAAUUAUGGACCUUGAGAAUUUUCGAAUGGCCAACCAGGUGGACGAAUUUUUUAAACUGGGUUUAGUACUAAUUCAACUUGGUGUGCGUGGGUGGGUUGUGCUGCCUUGUGUCUGUGUAUUUUGGAUUCGAGUUGAACGGUUAACUGUUACGGAAGAGAAUUUUAGUCCUUUAGUUGUAGGCUGUAUCGAAUUUCACAGCACUGCCGCGUGUGAACAGUGCUCUCUUAGUAGUGUAUACCUUCAGAGACUUUCGUUAAUAUCAAAUUUUCGCGUCGUCAUGCCUGACUAAUUUUGCUUAUUUUUCUGUAAAAUAAGUGUCAUUGUACAUAUUUGAAUCCUUGAGGAUUUUAACCAUGUUCGCCGGGCUCCUGUCUCGAUGGAUAGAGUCCUGAACGUCUUGUCAGCCAAAGUAUGAUGUUGCACGAAUUUGUUGCUCGGGUUUCAGAAACCGUGCAACUAUGUACCAUAGACGACUGAGGUUGUUGGCGGCAUAACCGCUUAUUUACAAGGAUUUGCGAAAAGCCUAGAUAACGCGCGCGUCCGUGACCAAUUAUGCGUGAACCUUAACUGUCUGCCCUUAAUUAGACAUCGCGCGGCUUUGCGAUGCUCUCGUUUCCCUGAUAACGUAGAUUACGUGCAAUAUGCUUGGGACUCUCCUUAGAAACUUUCUCACUACUUCAACUUUGUCACCCUGAACUGUGUCUCAACUCCGAUCCACUGUGGCAUCAUUAGUAUGGAACGAAAGCGAGGACUUAAGCGUGUCUAUUGGGGUAAUUUGAGGAGGAAGUAGUCUGAUGUAAGCAUCAGUGUAAAGGCUCCGUCUCAAGUCAAACGACCUGACUGGUCGAUUGUACUGGUAUUGCCCGUAUUUUCGCUUAUUCAUAAUGAUGACAAUGAAUCGAUAGUAUAGCAUUGCACAGAAUCGUGAGAAUGUGCCAGUUGAAUUCAGUAGGUUGGGUAUUUGUAGGUAAAAAACUUCAGUUGUGAACCGAUGUCCUAUCACCGUCUCUCUCUGUCCCUAUGCAUGGGUCAUAUGACUUCUACCUUCGUAAAGAGCUGUUUUCCCCAUCUUUGCCUUCAGAACGCCACUUUACUCGUGGUGCAAAGAAAAUUUUGAACGACGAAAAUCUUUGUUAGUCGUUUGCUCCAUUGAAAAGUGUGCCGGUAUAUAUGGUUUAUUCUCGUUGUCUUCACUGAAUGCGUUUGUAAUGCAGUGUUUACGGAGAAUUCGAGCACAUCCAUGAAUUGUACGUCAACCACUUACCAUGGUCAAUUCGUACUCUUUAUAAUUGCCUACUUAUAAUGACUUUAUUACUGUUAGGGCGGCUAAAUCUGGUGUUUUGGUACUAGAACACAACAGAAAGACUAGAUUAGAUGCACAUUCCCCUCUGUUCUCACCGUCCUCAUCACUUUCUGAAUGUGCAGAUUUCAGCGACUAGGUUUUAAAUGCGGUUUACCACAGUGGUCUGUCCGUUUUGCUCUUUCGACCUCCCUUACCUUGAUUUUACCCAGAACUAUAACUCUUGGAUGCUGAAAGUUUAGUCCACCUCUUAGUGUCCAUGUGCAGUUUGUCAAUACGAUGCUAAUGAUAGCUUCGUUCCUCUCCAAAAUCACACCUCGCCGUCUAAGACUUAUCCCAUGUCAACCAGCUUGCGCAAAUUAACUUCAGAGGACUGAUGGUUUAGAAUAACGUAUAAAAUUUAACUGGGAUCGCAUUCCGACUGCGGCAAUUCGUGGACCCUAAAGGUGAGAAAUGUUUCCUCAUUUCUCUUCAGUUCUCGUUCAUGUUCCUGUUUGUUCUUGCCCGAACCAAUCAACCACUCUGUCCGCAUUCUCUUAAUCAUUCGUAUAGGCAUUUUCGAACUUGUUCAGACCAUUUUUUUCCCGAGUAGGUAUGAAUGCUUUUCCAACUGCCGCCGAUAUUCUAUAUUCUUAUUACCUCAACGGAUUUCCUCUACAUCAGUCCUUAUCUCUUUUGCUAUAUUCUACCAGACGCCGAGGCAAAAAGCAAGCGGGAGUUGUUCAAAACUACAGCUGUGAAGACAAAGGCCGAGUUCUCUCGGCUUCCUCUUGGUAAGGUGCCGUCGCCUCAUCCGGACUGUAUCAGUACCGAAUGCGCCGACUUGGUCAAACAAGUGAGACUAUUUGCUAAAAUCUCGAAUCGAACUCACUGCAGCUGUACUUCAUCCAAGGUUGUGCAUCAAAGUACAAAUACACAUUUGUAAGUGAGUUCAACUGACUCGGAGUUUUGCUUGUUUAUUUUUGCGGAAACUUGCUCAUAUACGCUUUUGCUUUUAAGCCCAUUAGUGUAAGGGUGGUAAGCGUUCACAAGCUUCUUUCUGAUCUUCAAAAAUCCUUACUUUGUCGUCAUACUUUGUAUACUAAGUCAUUGUUGAACACAAUUCCUAACUAAAAUUCUGGCAGUUCCUGUCCUUGUUUUUAAGCUUUUUCCAAACGAAAUCCGUGUUUAAUAGCUUUUAUCGACAUAGUAACCUUUUUUCUUGUCAACGCUGACAGCCACACAUCUUUAUUCCUUUUACGACUCAAAAGGAAAAACUUCACAUAUCUCUAUGUCAAGCUGACUGAUCUCCCCGACUUGACACUUGCGUUGGUCGUGUUUUACGUCAUCUAUAAAGUACGCCAAAUAAAACCUUUAUAGAACUUCUGUUCCUCACGUCAUUACAGUUUAUGUACCUACGCCGUGUCAUGGCUCACACUUUGACUUCUGGGCUUACCUGAGCACGUUUGUUUCCAUCCGGAAAAAAAAACAUUUAGGAGGUCCGAGUACUUUCGACAGAGCAGUUAGUUGUUACUCUAUGAUGUGUGUAAUUGAACCCCUUUUCUGCAUCCCUGAUUCUGGUGUGUUUUCUGUGCUUGCCACUUUCUAUGAAGCAAACCAAGGACUAGACGGCGUUGACAUCUGUCGAAAGCAAUAAGAAAGUUUCACACGUAUAGCUUUUCAGCAAAAGAGCCAGUCUUAUGGGUCCUUUUUACUGGGAUCUGCCGUUCUCGGGUUGAUUGCAGUUGUCCAGCUUAGGUCUUAUGAAUAACUUAGUCUACUGAUCACUGACGCCUAGUACUUCGCUUCCUUACUCUUCUAAUGCUUUUAUCAGACUUGUUGUAAUACAGUCUUUCUCGCAAGCCUUGACAUAAUGUUGACAAGAUUUGACUUUAUGCACAUCAAGCUCCUGGUCCAUCGGCAUUCACAAUGUGUCCUUUCGCAAAAUUCGAUUUGAUUAUUGAUAUCCGCAGCCGGAUAAUUGUCGUACCAUUUUGACAAAAAAAGAUUUUGCGAACUUUCCAUCCUGUUUUCCCUUACUGGAUGCUAUAUUUUCUAUACUCUUCUUGUGUUCUUGUCUGUACAGCAAGUUCCCUGCAUUUAUGACUGUAAGUACGAGAUUGUUGGUCACGAGAUGUCCACAGUCUCCUAAUACUAGCUAAUCUGGAGACACUUAGGACGGAAAUCGUUGACGAGUUCCCGCCACUUCGGUGAAUUUAGGUCGCCGUUUCGCCUAGGUCAAAAGUCGUUAUCGCAAACAGAAAUCGGCAUCCUGCCUCGGAUGACUAUAACACAUUUACUGUCUUUCCAUAAGCCGCGCGGAGAGCAAUCGAAGAUCUUUAGAAUUAGGCGGCUCUUCAUUGUCUCCUUGGUCUUAUUGAAGCGUCCAAUGCCACCACUACUAAACCGUUGUUCAUUAGAAGCCCUUCCUGUGUCUGGAUAUUCUUAGGUUUUUUUCUGUCUCAAAUUCUUCCUCUUUUCCAUCGUUUCUCUGGCUGAAAAGUUUUCAUGGCGCAGCGUGGCCGACCAUAACUUCCAUGUCUAUUUUAAUAUUACUGCUGGCCUUCUAGUAUGUUGGUGAAAUUUGCUGUUGUUCUAAGUAACCCGAUUGAUCCGCGUCGUCCUCAGAGUUCUCUCGAAAAUGUUUCUCCCAGCAUUCCCACCGGUCGUCCGCUUAACACAACUUCCCAGCGGUUUGAUCAACCCUAGCCUCCCACCAUGUUCGCGGAAAAUACCAAUAAUUUGCUAGUGCCUGAUCUAACCAGGCUAGAAAGGAGGGACGCAGAUAAAGACUCAGCUUCCUCAGCGACUGCAUGGUAGAUACAAACUACUCCCUGCUCCUUAAGCAUUAGGAUUUAUAUCCAUUUGCCAGGAAACUCAUCCUAGCCUCUUGUAUCUAUAUUAACAAUUCACGACGCAUGAAAAGCCACCGUUUAUGUUCACUAGAAUCCAGAGUGCAUGGAAACUUAUAGAGCACCUUUAACUCUCUAAAAUGCUUCGCAUAUAUGAGGACGUCUAAAUAGAAUAUUUGCAAUGCUUCCGGGCCCCAAACAUCCGUGCCCGGUGUUAUUCAGGCUUUCCAUGGAGAAGAGUUGAACUAAUUAUGUGGCAGGAAUGAUUGAAAACCUGCAUUUGGCUUUGCAUGGGUCAUUGUAAUACCAUGCUACACUUAGAACUGUAGCUCGUAACCUUCUACCUCUGGCUGCUACUUGUUUCACGAGUCUUAUGAUCCCGCCUUCAGCCAAAGCUUCGUCCCCUGUCACGUUGA